AUGUUGAAAUCUUGUGAUCCCGCACCAGAAAACACAGCGCAAUCAACUAGAGUUCUACGUGAUAGAUCAACUCUCAAACCUCCAGUACAAUUUGGAUUUCACCACUACUAUGAGCCGAACACGUUUGAGUCGGCUAUCCGUUGUGCGGAUGAAAAGUUCUGGAAAGAAGCAAUCGAAAAAGAAGUGCUUUCAAUCGAAAAUCACAAAGUAUGGUUCAAUGUACAAGGAGCAUUCUUACAUGCCCCUCUCACAGAAGAUGUCUACAUUAAAACGCCGAAAGGAGUCAACCGCAAUGCUCCUUACCUCAAACUCAAGAAGGCGCUGUACGGACUUAAACAAUCUCCCAAGAACUGGUACAAAACACUAGCAUCUUGGCUUGAAUCGGUUGGAUUUCAUGAAUCAAACUGUGAUCCGUAUCUUUAUCUGGGCGACGAUGGAGUUUCUUGCCUUUUCUUUCACGUAGAUGACUUGGUUCUGGCAUGA